AUGCUGAGAUCUCUCUCGACCGCCCUUUUUAAUCGUCUUUCACAUUCUUUUGAAGCCCAUAAAUACCAUCGUUUUAUUACCAAGACCAAAUUUUCCAUAUCAGCUAUCAAAAAGUCACAAACUGCCUCAUUUACCAAUAGAAUUCAAUCACAUCCAACCACAGAAUAUUUCCAGUAUACAAAAAAUAUGGCUUAUUCAAAAGAAUCAAAAAAGUUGCUGACCUCUAGUGGUAAUAUUGGAUCAUCUCAUGAUAAUUGGAAUGACUCAGACUACGAUGAUAUGGCAGAAUUAAUGGACUCACCUCCACACAAUAAUGUACAACUAGAAAUUCCAAAUAUACCGUUGCCGGUGCAGAAUAGUAUCUCAUCCAAAUUGACGGAUUUACCUUUUAAAAACACUCGACAAGAAAUAACAGAAGAUUAUGCUAUCUCAUCAUUUAAUGAAGUAUCUCAUGAUAAUCCUCCACAAUUGAUCGAUUUAUCGUCACAAGAAACAAUUAUACAAGAUAUUAAUAUUCCAAAGCUUAAAGAUUCGCUCCCAAAUCUAGCGGCUAGUACCCCAAUUAAACAAUCGAUUCCAAAUCCAUAUACUUCACCAGAUUCAAAGUUGAAGGUAUCACCAGAUAGAGAUGAUUUUUCUAAUCAAAGAUUGACAUUUUUAACUCAACCACAGCUAGAUACUGAUAUCAAAUAUGCCACAAAGGAAAACACUGUAAAGGUUAAAAAGCCGAUUUUAUUGAGUGUGGAACAAGAAAAUGUUUUGAAGUUAGCAGAAAAUGGUUAUAAUAUUUUCUAUACAGGUAGUGCAGGUACAGGUAAAUCAAUUUUAUUGAGAGAGAUUAUUAAAUUAUUGCAAAGAAAGUACGGUAGAGAAAAUAUUGCUGUGACAGCUUCGACGGGUCUUGCUGCUUGUAAUAUUGGAGGUAUUACUGUACAUUCCUUUGCAGGAAUAGGUUUGGGGAAAGGUGAAGAAUCUAAGCUGUAUCAAAAAGUUAGAAGGUCUAGAAAACACAAAGAUAGAUGGGAAAGAAUCAAUGCUUUAGUUAUUGACGAAAUUUCAAUGUUAGAUGGGGCAUUGUUAGAUAAAUUAGAUUUUAUUGCAAGAAAGAUUAGAAGGUCUCAUAGACCCUUUGGUGGUAUUCAAUUGAUAUUUUGUGGAGAUUUUUUCCAAUUACCACCAGUAGCAAAGCCAAAUGAACCUGAAAUGAAAUUUGCUUUUGAUUCAAAUAUUUGGCAAACAGGUAUUGAUAUGACAAUUAUGUUAAAGAAAGUUUUCCGUCAACAAGGUGAUAAUACAUUCAUUGAAAUGCUAAAUAUGUUAAGAUUAGGGAAGUUGGAUUUUAAAAUGGAAAUAGAAUUCAAAAAAUUGCAAAGACCUUUACCUGAAGAUGAUAUAAUACCUGCAGAAUUAUAUAGUACAAGAAACGAAGUUAAUCGAGCAAAUAAUUCUCGUUUAAUGAGAUUACCAGGACAAAUUACUACUUAUUCAUCUGUGGAUUCAGGUUAUUUACAAGAUAAAGAACAAAGAGAGAAAUUAUUACAGAAUUUUUUAGCUCCAAAAAAUUUGCAAUUGAAAGUGGGUGCACAAGUUAUGAUGAUUAAAAAUAUCGAUUCGACUUUAGUCAAUGGUUCAUUAGGGAAAGUGAUAGAUUUUAUUGAUCCAAAUACAUAUAUGUUUUAUGAAGCCAUUACCCAAAAUCCUAACAUACCUGCUUCUGAAUUUGAAAAAUAUAAAGAUAAUCCUGAAUUAUUAAAACUUCAUUUUGGUAAUGAUGAACCUGAAAACGAAACUGCAGUUAGGAAAAAAACUGUCAAAGAACAAUUUUGUCGAUUGAAUUCAAACCUAGCUGAUCAAUCUAUAGAUGGGAAUAUUUUUGAUUUUUUGAUUGAUCACGAAAAUGAUACAACACAAGAUUUAGCAAAUCUUCAAAGGAAAAAGGAUUUAAUUAAUGAGCUCCAUAAAAAUUCUAAAAAUCAAAAUAAAUUGCCUUUGGUUAGAUUUAGAACAUCAGAUUUGUCAACAAGAACGGUCCUGGUAGAACCAGAGGAUUGGAGUGUUGAAGAUGAAAAUGAAAAACCAAUUGUUUCAAGAGUACAACUACCUUUAAUGUUAGCUUGGUCCAUUUCUAUUCAUAAGUCUCAAGGUCAGACAUUACCAAAAGUAAAAGUAGAUCUUAACAAAGUCUUUGAAAAGGGUCAAGCAUAUGUAGCAUUAUCAAGAGCAGUUUCGAGGCAAGGUUUACAAGUGCUAAAUUUUGAUAAAAGAAAAAUCUUUGCACAUGAAAAAGUUGUAAAAUUCUAUGAAACGUUACAAUCCUCUGAAGAAGUGUUUAAAAAAUUCAGCGCUUCUAAAGAAAACGAAUUUGUAAGUAAGCAUAAUCCUAAACAGAAAAAAUUGAAUUUUGCACCAGUUCAAGAAGAGUUUAAACGUCCAUUUAAAAGGAGGAAUACAAACAAUGCACCAAAUGGCGGUAUAGAAGCAAUGCUGAAGAAAAUAAUACCAUCACGAGGGAAACCAUUAGGAACGAAGAUAGAUGCUCCGCCAGAGGAUCUUGAAAUAUUGUAA